UAAUGAUAUUCGUGUCGAAUCUUCAAACAAGUUAGUUGAGUGGUAUUAACCGUUAUGAUAUUUAUAAUGAGGCCGCAAUCAAGACUAAUGACAAAAUGUACGAUUCUCCUUUUCUGUUUAAUGACAGGAACAUUUGCCAGGACAUUAGAAGAAUUGAUAAUUGAGCUCAAAGAUAAAACAGAAUCAUUGCAGGUAAAGAAACAAACCCAGUUCAUUCCAUUGUUAUCUUGGCAGAAGGACAAGGGCGUAUAUGGAAGUGAAGUGAAACUUAAUUUUCAUGGGUCUUCCCAUCUAGCGUUUGUGAGAGAUGAGUUCAGUGUAUUUGACAACAACAUGUUCGUCACAGCAUGGGUGACGUCUUGUCUUCUAGAAGCCUAUCGUUACGGUGGAGCACCCAAACCAUCCCGGUCACAUAUCCAACUUUCCCUUAACUCUAUCAACCAGUACAGAAACAAGAACAGGAAAUAUGAAAAUUCUAUCAUGUCGUUCUGGCCACAAGUUUACAACGAAACAACAUCAACUUAUAUCAGUACACCAGCUAAUCUAUUAAAACUAUUUGAUGAAACUGAUGGAUUACCAGUAAAAACUAUUGAGGACAUUCUUAAACUUUUUGGCUUCAACGACAUUGGUAAAUUAAUAGAGCGAUUACUUGGUGAAAAACCGAUGUUCAGAAGUGCGUUUCAUAUUCCUCCAGAUUUUGAUGACACUUUUGUGAACCUUGGCCUUGGUGCUCUUUUGACUGAUUUAAAGGCAGAUUUUGGCACAGAACAACAAAGUUGGAUGGGCAGUAACACUAACCUUACGUCAGUAUUCGAUGCUUUGAAGAAGUAUGCGUAUCGACCUUUCUCUAACGAUAGCAAAAUUAAUACAAUUGAUCCAAGAAGCUACUACUAUCUGAGCACAUUUCUUGAAGAAGCAUUGAAUGAUGCGACUGAUCUUGCAUUAACACCAACAUGGAUCAGUGAUAUUGAUGAAACUAGUAAUAUGAGAAGUAAAGGUGUUUCAAUGCCUUUUAAUAUAAAUAAUGUGGAUGUCACUGUAUCGUCAAAUGUUAUUUAUGGUAUAACCUCGUCUAUAUUAACUGGUCUGAUACCUGCUAGUACUCUAGAUGAUUUUGACAUACAGCAAAUUUACCUGAAUACCACUAAUAUGGUUGCUUAUCAACUAAGGACAGACUUUCACCAACGACGUGAUCUGGCUUUAACUUACUACCCAUCGGUAUUUGAACUAUACUGGUUUGUUGCUCGAACUGUCUUCCUUUUAAACGAAAAAUCUAAAUAUAGUAAACUUCCACACCAGGAUCUAGAAACGGUACUGGCCACCCUUGAACCAGUACUAGAAACUCAUGUCACUUCAAAAAUAUUAACUCAAGCCAAACCUGAAGGAUCGGACAUGCUAUACUUUGAUGAUUUCUUAGGGGAUGGGGAUUACGAUGACAAGAACCAUACACUUGUGAAAGGAGACGACAGAAUAUUUACAACAGCUAUGGCGGUGAAUACCUUAAUUUCUACAUGGUCAAUAUUUGACGACAAGUCAUCCAAAUUAUGCUGGAAAAAGGAUGUGACCUUGAAUGUGAAGAACGUAAUAUCUAAGUGUGUAAAUUGGUUAUUAAAGUAUACACUGAGUGCUGAUUUUAAACCAUGGAAUUCUUUCUUCUCGGGAUCUGGUAAAGGGAUUGAUAGUAUGCCGUUCUUUUUCCCUAUCAACAGAUUUGAGUUCCUGAAUGGUACCAAAAUUACUGAUUAUAAUCACUUUCCACAUGGAGCCCCGUAUAUUAUUGGGUUCCAAGGCGUUCUUCCAAAAUCUUCUUAUGAUAAUAUGGUUCAAAAUGAAACUCAUUUCGGGAGGAAAACGACUACCAGAUUUAGUGGGUAUAAUUCGGGCAAUGGCUAUUUUCCUUUCUGGUCGUCAGAGCCCUACACCUAUGCAACAAGCAUGUUGGCGUUAUCACAGUUUAAUAACAUUAUUAAGGAUGAUAUAAAAACCAACUUGAUCGGUUAAUAAAAUCCUCGUCAAUUGA